UGAAACACCCCAAAACACGUCCUCAGCCUCAGCAGCAGCCUCAGCAGCAGCAGUAACGACACUGCAGAGGAACACACGGCUUGUCCAACACCUAAAGUGGCUUUUCUUUACAGCACAAGAAGCCGUGCCUUUUAGGGGUUAUCUCUACUUUCCAGAGAUUUGGAACCAGAGACUGGCACUGGGAUCGUGAGUCGGAACAGGAAUUGAGGAAACGCAGGCAGACAGGAUGGUUCAGUGACAGAUUUUGUCCAUAUCCAGAUGUCACUGUGGAAUCAGGACUGUGUGUGUCCCACCCCACGCACCACCACGGCCCUCACGUGUGUGUUGCGCUGUUUCCCGUGUGAGCCGUCUUGGGCCGGGAGCCCCUUCGUGCAACGCGCACCAAGCCCGCCUAUGCUCACCAUGACGCGCUCCAAAACUUUCCAGGCCUACCUUCCCACCUGUCACCGCACGUACAGCUGCAUCCACUGUCGUGCACACCUUGCCAACCAUGACGAGCUCAUUUCUAAGUCCUUUCAAGGCAGUCAAGGCAGAGCCUAUCUAUUUAACUCUGUGGUGAACGUAGGAUGUGGUCCAGCAGAAGAGCGAGUGCUUCUCACUGGACUGCACGCGGUAGCAGACAUCUAUUGUGAGAACUGCAAAACUACACUGGGAUGGAAAUAUGAGCAUGCCUUUGAGAGCAGCCAGAAGUACAAGGAGGGUAAGUUUAUCAUCGAGCUGGCCCACAUGAUAAAGGACAAUGGCUGGGACUGAGGUCUGAGAGAGCUGUGAUGGAGUAUGGAUGAAGCCAGUUCAGAUGCUGGCUGUGUGGGUAAACAAAUGACGCUGGUUUCAUGUCGCCUUCUCUCUUGUAUUCUAUUCAACAUUUCUCCCACACACACAUACAAACACUCCUCGUUUCAAGGUUUAGCAUCAGGGGUUCUGAAUGAGGUGCAAAAAAAAGGCACUCCCAGGAUCAGUGUAUGUGCGUGUGUGUGUGUGUGUGUGUGUGCGCGUGCAUCCCAGUGAAUAUGUGAGCACAUCCAGUAAAAGGUGUGUAUACAUGUACACUCACCUAGAUAUAUACACCCAACUAGUUACUUGCAUGCCUCUCCCUAUCCUAGCCCAAGACAACCCAAUGUGUUUGUGUGCAUCUGGGUUCAACUCUAAACUUGGCAGGGCCAUGGGGUCACGCAGUUAGUCUAUAUAGGAGAGUGCUAAGGUGAUUAUCCCAAAUCCAGCUGAGUUUGGCCACUGCCAGCUUGGAUCAAUGACGACGGGUCUCUGAAUGGGCCUCUGAUGGGGACUGCCAAUGAAAGAGGCCCGUAUGAGGGGUAAAACAGAGCUUUCUAACGAGACUGCCCCGUCUCACCGUUUAUAAGACACUAACAUCUGAUCCGUUCUGAGGAGCUCUCCUAUGCCCUUACACACAAAAGUGAACGUUAACCAGUAAACGUAUCUGGAUACACUCGGUCGUGUUCAGACCUUAAUAUCCGUAUUCACAGUGGAACCGUUAGCUGCCUAUGCUAGUCCUGCUUCUGUGGCGUGAUUAUAUUUUUAGGAAUUACUGCUGGCACGAGGACGAGAGCUUUCAGAGCUUUCUCACAUGACCUGCAGAAGCUGAGGUACAAUACUGGAAUACUGCCUCCUUCUAACAAGCAUUUAUUUUUUUUCUAACCUCAGAAAUAACUGCAGAGAUUUAAAGACAGUUCACUGUGACACCUCAUCGGUGUCUUCGUGUCAACCAAAGAACCCGUCCAUCUAUAAUUAGUUACACGAACAGCGGAUAAGCCGUAGUGACUCGAGGGGCCUUUAUGUGUGUACCGGGCAAUUACAGUGACCCACAUCAACUGCUGCAGGGUGACACAAAGACAAAAAAUUUCCACACACGAUUAAGCCUUUUUUUCGUUUGUUUAUCUUUUAAUAUGCAGCGCGUGCAAAGUUUUUAGUGAAGUAAUAUACACAAGGAUGUGGCAGUUAAUUAAUUAGAUAGCUCAUCCUUCCAACAAGCAGCACAAACAAAAGCAGGCAUAUCACAAACAUGACAUCAGUCUGUAUCUGAGUUAGUUUCUGCAGCUCUCAGGCCACAGGUUUCAGUACUUUUGAGUUCUCUAAGCACUCACUCAGCACUCCUUAUAUAGGUCUGGUAUGGGUGGAGCUGGCUCCGAUGUAGCCACCAGUUAAAUACACUGUUGAACUAAAUCAUAAAAUUCCAUCGUUAUUAAAUGUAUUCCUGUCAUUGUUGUGCAUUUCCAGCAUGUAUUCUGCUCACUCCUAUUAAUCCUGAACUUAGCAGAUUAUUCAGUGAUUACCAUAAAGCUCCAACACUCGCAGGUUUGAGUGAUGACCAAAGUUGUGAGAUCAUGAAAAUACCCAUAAUGCUGUAGUGCUGCAUGUGACGGUCUCAGUGUGCACAGAUGUAGGUCAGGGUUAAGGAGUUAAAAGUAGCCAGAUUUUGUCUCUAAAGUGAAAUGCUUUCUUUCUUUCUUUCUUUUUAUUUCUUUCUUUUUAAAUGGAAGAGAUUAAUAUAUUUGAGCACUUACAUGUAUAUUAAUGAGAGCAUCUCUAUUUAGGUUGAUCUGUGUGUUAUUUAUGACUUCAAACAUACUGUGCUUUCUUUCUGUCUGGAGCCCUAAAAGGGUGUGCAAUAUUUGCCAUAUAUAUAUAUAUAUUUUUUAUUUUUACUCUUGAAAGCGUUUCAAGCUGUGUGUCUUUUUAUAAAAUCGUGACUAUAUAUUAACUACUGCUGGAGAUUGAUCUAAAUUAAAAUCUAUGAUAUGGUAAGUUGCCUUGUUUGUUGUGGUUUGUUAUUAAAAUUAAACUUCCACCUUUGGCUCUGGCUGGCUCAUUAGCAUUUAAAUUUCAAUUUAAUUCUACUUUUGUUUUUUUUUGUUUUUUUUAGCAGGAUAUUCACAAGUUGUAUUUCUGCUGCUGAAUUGUAUUGAAGUAUUUCACCAGGUGACGGCUUUAGGUGAGAAUGGAAGAAGGCCGCAGGCUGUACUUCACUCCAGCGAUGUCGGCUGUCGCGAGAUUCUCCAGGCUCCGGACUGCGUUUUCCUGUUUACAGCUGCAAAUGUCUCCGUCUCCGAGUUGCACUGCAGAUUAGGUCUCCUAGCAACUGGGUCUCUCUUCUCAAGUUGCGGAGGAGGAGAAGAGUGUGUGUGUGUGUGUGUGUGUGUGUGUGUGCGUGCGUGCGUGCCGUUAUUCAUUGUCUGGGUCCAGUAUUUAUCAGUUGUACACACACAGAGAGCUCAGAAAGUGAGGUUGUCUGACGUCUGUGGGAAGGAGCGUGGGUGAUGCAUUUGCUCUUUAUUUCAUGGUGCCAUCUGUGCAGGGAGAGAGAUUAAUGGUGAAGCCUCUCACUGUUAGAUGAUGGAUGUGAAAGCUCAAGUUCAGAUUCACAGCGAGUGUUUUUUCAAGCCAUUCAGACACUACAGGACGAUCGUAUCCAAAUUUACAGAUUAUUGUGAAAACACUAACCCCGCAAGUCUUCUAGUGUCUGAUGGAACAAGUUUGGAACACCUGCAUUUAGGGAUUUUUCUUCCAUUUCUCUGGAGAACCUCUCAGGCUCUGUCAGAGCAAACAAGGCAUAUCGGUUGUACAACUGUUUUCAAAUCCCUCCAGAGAUCUUUCAUCGAGGUCACUGAUAGAUGCCACUUGAGCAUUGUUUUGGCUCUGUGAAGGUAAACUUUUGCCCCAACCUAGAUCAUGAUUUCUUGAUUUGAAAGAAACCUUGAGAGGAUCCAGAUUCAAACCAUCCUUUUUUGUUUUAUAAAUCAUUACAGCGUGCAGGUGGAGAAGAGUGAAGACCGACUGUAUUAGGUGUGUUGAAAAGAUGUUGGGUAUAUACAUAGAGAGUGAGUUACAGGAUGAUUUCUAGAUUAUUCUACAGUUCGGGUCUACAGUUGCCUUGUCUUAGAUUCUAAUUAAGGAAAGGUUGAGAUUCGGGCAUAAACUGCAUCUGUAAAAAACCUCUUCAGGGAUGAUCUAGUCACAUGACCUUGGUUUCGUUCAGAUGUUCACUUACAGGUCAAAGUGCUCCGUCUUAGUUUCGUCAUAUCAUAAAAGAUUCAGUCUAAUGGCCUGAGAGAAGUCGUAUCAGUCUUGCCACAUGACUUGACAGGUAUGCUGGGCUCAAGCUCUGAAAAGCACCUCUGUGGUUCGAAUGUUCUUCCGUUUUAAGAAUGAAGGACCUUCGAUGUUCAAAUCCUUCAAAGAUGUUGAAUGUUUUCGUUUCCCGUCCUCGUAUCCCUGCUUCAACACAAUCCUGUCCUGAAGGUCUACAGACAAGUCCACUGAUCUCUUGGCUUAUCUUUUUGUUCUGACCGGCAGAGGGGUGAUUCUUGUACAAAUCAAUUCCAUCAGCUGAAUUUACAACUUGAGCAAAGGGACAAAGGGAUAUCUAUUAUCAAUAAACACACCAAACCAAAGUGCGAUAUUUAUCCAGUUAAAUGAAGGUUCUGUGCAAGGUCAAUCCCAGCAGAGGAAAAAACAAACGUCGCACACGGAAACGUGUCCUCACUCCUUUAUAUCAGCUUUGUGAUGACAGAAAAAUUUGUUUCUACUGUAUAAAAAUGUAUGGUAAGUCGAUCUGGAACACCAUUGUACUGGGUUAAAGAACAUUAUCGAGGUCAGUCUCCGUGCUGCUUGGCUCUACAGACAGAGCACAGGAUCGUCACAGGGAGCUUUGCAGUGCUUUGUUAUUAAGCCGGAUACAUUUGCUGGAAGAAAGGCAAGUCUGCUGCCAGAAGCAAAACCUUGUGCACAGAAGUGUUUCAUGAGACUGCAGUCGAGUCGAUACGUAUCAAGUUCUAUAAUGGGUAACCGUGUCACACUGAAGGCUUCAAAAAUAAACGUGUAACUUUACAACAGAGAUAAAGGAUCCUGAGGCGUCUAGAGAUGUAGCCGAUCCAGUUGGAUUCCGCUUCAUGAGGAUUUGGGCAUUCAAAGAGGAGACGCCAACUCCAUGUGGUCCUUGAGGACAACACACUCCUAAUCAAUACACAACUAUCAGACUGUAUAUUUAUAAUCACACCCUCCAGUGUCACCCAAAUAAGGAUGAGGUUCACUUUUGAGUCUGGUUCCUCUCAAGGUUUCUUCCUCUUCCAUCAAGGGGAGUUUUUCCUCACCACAGUCACCUCAGGCUUGUUUGUUAGGGAUAAAUACAAACUUUAAAAUAUAAGCCUAAUAUUAAUCUUGAAUUUUUGCAUAAUAUUAAUCUUUGUAUAUUAAACCUUUUGUAUUAUUUCUUACAUGUAUUAUUUCUUUGAGACAAUAUGCAUUGUUAAAAGUGCUAUAUAAAUAAAACCGAAUUGAAUAUUGAAUUGAAUAAAGAC